AUGAUUGAUCAACACAAUCCCAUAGCACAAUCAUUUAGAAGAGUGAGGGAAUUCCAUGAGAAUCACCCGUCUGAGAUGUUUUCUUUGAAAUUGUUUAGUCAAAGAGAACGUGAUCGAAGAGUUUAUAAUUAUCCUUCGUGCGAUGAAGUUGCUGCUUUGGUUGUUGGUGAUUUUGAUUCUUCUGAUACUGGUCGUGAUGUCAUUGUUAAAUCUGCAGCUGGCCAACUUCAAAGAAUAUAUGAGACACAUGCUUUAUACUGGCCAUUGCAAUAUCCCUUGAUUUUUCCUUACGGGGAAGAUGGUUAUCAAUUGGGUAUUCCUUAUCGAGAUAUUCAAGAUAUAAAUGUUGCAGGGAGAAGGACUAGAGUAUCCAUGCGAGAAUUUAUCUGUUUUCGUUUGCAAAUGAGAGAGGAUGAGGAUAGCAUUAUUCAUAAGUCUAGAAGAUUAUUCCAACAGUUUGUUGUUGAUUCAUUCUCUAUGAUUGAGUCACAGAGGCUUUAUGAAAUCAGGAAAAAACAGAGCACAAUUAGAGGAGAAGUCUUACAAGGUAUUGAAGAAGCUAUGCGACGCGGUGAUACUGAAGCAUCAUCAAUUGGUACUCGAGUGAUUUUGCCUUCUUCCUUCACUGGUGGUAAACGUUACAUGUUUAAUAAUUGCCAAGAUGCUAUGGCUAUUUGUAAGCAUUUUGGGUAUCCAGAUCUAUUUCUUACCCUUACUUGCAAUCCUAACUGGCUUGAGUUUCAAAGAUAUACUAAUCGUGAUCAAGUUCCAAUUGCUGAUCGGCCAGACAUUGCUUGCCGAGUCUUUCAUGCUAAGAUGAAGUGUCUUCUUAAUGAUCUUAAGAAUGGUGUUUUUUUUUGUCCUCUUAAUGCAGGUAUGUAUACAAUUGAGUUUCAAAAAAGAGGUUUGCUACAUGCACAUAUUCUACUUUGGCUUGAUGGAAGGAAUAGAUUGCAGAAUAUUGAAAUUGUUGAUGAGUUGAUUUGUGCGGAACUUCCUAAUCCUAUGAAGUUUCCACAUUUGUAUAGUGUGGUUAGUAAAUACAUGAUUCAUGGCCCUUGUGGUAGGGUAAGACCAACUUCUCCAUGCAUGAAAGAUGGAAGAUGCUCCAAGUUUUAUCCGAAGCAGUUUGUUAAUUAUACGAGUUUUGAUGAAGAUGGUUAUCCUAUUUACAAGCGUCGAGAUAUUGGUGUUACAGUUAAAAGUCAUGGUGUUGAUCUUGAUAAUAGAUUUGUUGUUCCAUAUAAUCCAUUAUUGUUGAUGAAGUACCAGGCUCAUAUUAAUUUGGAAUUUUGCAACAAGUCAAAUGUUAUAAAGUAUCUUUUCAAGUACAUUAACAAGGGUCCAGAUCGUGUAACUGCAACUAUUAGUCAUUCAACUGAGACAACUCAUUCUUUUGAAGUGGUUGAUGAGAUCAAACAGUAUUAUGAUUGUCGGUAUCUUUCACCUUGUGAAUCUAUGUGGAGAAUUUUUGCAUAUGAAAUUCAUCAUAGAUGGCCACCUGUGCAAAGACUCAGAUUUCAUUUACCUAAUCAGCAGCAUGUUGUGUUCGAUGAUCAUGAUGCUAUUGGCUCUGUUUUAAUAAGAAAUAGAGAUUUGAUGACAAUGUUUACUGCUUGGAUGAUGGCUAAUCGAACAUAUGUUGAAGGACGAACACUAACAUAUGUUGAGUUCCCAAGUAAAUUCGUUUAUGAUUUACAAUCUCGACAGUGGAAACCAAGAAGAAGGGGAUUUUCUAUAGGAAGAUUAAGUUUUGUUCAUCCUUCAACUGGUGAGCUGUUCUAUAUGCGUAUGCUUCUCAAUGUGCAAAGAGGAUGCACCAGUUUUCGAAGUAUAAGGACUGUCAAUUCUGUUUUAUAUGAUACAUUUCAAGAGGCAUGUUCUGCCAUGGGUUUUUUAAUAGAUGAUAAUGAAUUUGUCUUGGCCAUUAAUGAAGCGGCUGAGUUAUCUUCUGGCACCCAAUUGAGAAAACUUUUUGUUUCAUUGUUAAUAUCUGGUUCUGUCUCUAGGCCCGUUUUAGUUUGGAAUCAAACUUGGAAAUAUUUAUCUGAUGAUAUCAUUUAUUACAGGCGAAGUGAGCUUCAUUUUCCAGGAAUAACAAUGACUGACGAAGAGUUACAAACAUUUUGUCUAAUAGAGAUAGAGAAAUUGCUACAGGCCAAUGGAAAAUCAUUAAGAGAUUUUGCUGGUAUGCCGCUUCCUAAUGUUAAUUUGGUCUCACAAUUUAGUAAUUCUUUGGUGUUGCGUGAAUUAGAAUAUGACAUUUCUGUGAUGCUUGAAGAACACGAUUCAAAUUUUUUAAAGUUGAAUGAAGAACAGAAGUCAAUCUAUGAUAGGAUUAUACAUUGUGUUACUAACAAGGAACACGGGUUGUUUUUCAUUUAUGGGUUUGGUGGGACUGGAAAAACUUUUUUGUAUAGACUCUUAUCUGCCAAAUUGCGUUCUCAAAGAAGAAUUGUUAUUAAUGUUGCUUCAAGUGGAAUUGCUUCAUUAUUGUUACCUGGUGGUAAGACAGCUCAUUCUAUGUUUGGUAUCCCAAUUGAAUUGAAUGAAGAUACUAUUUGUAGAAUUCCGAAAGAUAGUCCUAAGGCUGAUUUAAUUCGACUUGCUGAGCUAAUUAUUUGGGAUGAAGCUCCAAUGACUAACAAGUUGGCAUUUGAAGCUUUAGACAGAAGUUUUCGAGACAUAAUGACGUCGAUUUCAGUGUCUAACAAAGAUCUACCUUUUGGAGGAAAAAUCAUUGUUCUUGGAGGUGAUUUUCGACAGGUUUUGCCUGUUAUUCCUAAAGCUUCUCGUGCUGAGAUUGUUAUGGCAUCAAUCAAUUAUUCAAUUCUUUGGAAGCACUUUGAAGUGUUGACGUUGACAAAAAAUAUGUGGUUAGAAAGUGCUACAAAUCAAUCAAAUCUGGAAGAAUUGAAAAGGUUUUCCGAUUGGAUUCUUCAGAUUGGAGAAGGGCGUAUUGGGACAAUAAUUAACGAAAAGCUUUUAGUUCAAAUUCCAAAUGAGUUUCUGAUUUUUCCUUCUGAUAAUCCAAUUGAUGAUAUUAUAAAUGCAAUUUAUCCUGAGAUAGUUAGAAACUUUGAUGAUACUGGUUUUUUCCAAGACAGAGCCAUAUUAGCUCCAACAGUAGAGAUUGUUGAAGAAAUCAAUGAUCACAUUGUUCAAUUGCUACCUGGGACAGAAAAAGAGUAUCUAAGAGCUGAUUCUAUAUGUGGUAGUGAUGCUUAUUGUGAUGUUGAUGUUGAUUGGAUAAAUACUGAGUUUUUGAAUCAAAUAAAAUGUUCAGGGUUACCGAAUCACUCAUUGAAAUUGAAGAAAGGUGUGCCUAUUAUUUUGUUGAGAAAUAUUGAUCCAGCUGGUGGCUUAUGCAAUGGUACUCGCCUUAUUGUUAGAGAUCUAGGAACAAAUGUGAUUGGAGCUGAGAUUGUCUCAGGGAGUCACAUUGGAGAUAAAGUUUUCAUUCCUCGGAUGAAUUUAAUUCCGAGUGACGCUGGGAUACCUUUCAAAUUUCAACGGAGACAAUUUCCUAUAAACUUGUGUUUUGCAAUGACUAUCAAUAAGAGUCAAGGUCAAACUCUAUCCAGUGUUGGACUGUUCUUGCGUCGACCGGUAUUUUCUCAUGGUCAACUCUAUGUCGCUAUUUCUCGAGUGAAGAGCAAAGAUGGUUUAAGAAUUUUGGUAUCUGGCGAGGAAAAUGAUGAUUCUACUUUAACUCUUAAUGUCGUAUUUAAAGAAAUAUUUGAUAAGAUUUUAUAA